GCUUCUGCAGGAUAAGCUGGUUUAAUAAUAUUUGAAGCAUCAAACUUAUAUUUACAGAAGUGGCUCGACACGCUCCCAAGUACAGAAGGAUUUUUACAAGAUGAGUUUGUACAUCGUGGCGCUGUUAGUUCUAGCAUACGUGAUAUCUAAAAAAUUCCUAAGAUCACUGAAGAUUCCUCGGAUUUACGACAAGUAUGUGUUUAUAACCGGAUGUGAUAGUGGUUUCGGUCAUUUAUUGGCCAAACGCUUGGAUUUUCGUGGUGUCAACGUUUUCGCCGGAUGUUUGACAGAAGAUGGUAGAGCUAAACUGGAUAAGUCAACGUCAUGUCGAGUGACGUCAAUGUUAAUUGACGUCACCGAUGAAGAGAGUAUCAAGAAUGCAUUCAUGAUAGUGAAAUCUAGACUACCCUAUGGACGAGGACUGCACGGCCUGGUAAACAAUGCCGGUAUAUAUGACUCACUUGGUGCCAUAUCAUCGGAAUGGUUAUCCAUUAAGGAUUUCGAGAAGUUAAUGAACGUUAAUCUGUAUGGGAUGGUGAGGGUCACGAACAGGUUCCUGCCAUUAGUGAGGGCUGAGAGGGGGCGGAUCGUCAACAUGUCCAGCGUGGCUGGCAGGUUGAUCGCAGCUGGAGGUGCACCGUACGUCUGCUCGAAAUUCGCUGUGGAGGGGUAUUCAGACACCAUCAGGCAGGAGUACUACACAGCCGGUAUUAAGGUCAGCAUCAUAGAACCAAGCGCAUAUAAAACCGACAUCAUUGACAUUAGCAACAUGAAGAAAAAAGUACACGAAUAUUUUAAUCGCCAAGAUGAGGAUACCAUAGAGUAUUACGGAAAGGAUUACCCUGACCUAUUAAUAAAGAACAUAUGGGAUAAGUAUGUAUUUUCCGGGCGAUUCUACCAGGUUGUGGACGCGUAUGAACACGCUCUGACUGCAAAAUACCCAGAAGGUCGAUAUUUGGUUGGCAAAGAUAGUAACACAUUUUUUUGGUUGCUGUAUAUUGCACCAGAAUGGCUGUCUGCAAUGGCUUUAGGAAUUUUUAAUUGGCCGUUACCGAAGGGUCUACGGAAAAUUUAGAUACGGAUAUGAAGCCUUUAGCUAUAAAACUUCUUCAAAAUAUCAUAUAUAAUCGAAUGUUUUUCUCUAGACAUAUCUACAUGUAUAUUACACGAAGGUUAAACAUGACUUACUAGCAGCUAACAAGCUACCUGUUGUUAAUAUUACCGAGCAAUUUAUUAUAAACAUUAAAUAAACCUGUUUCUAUUGAUUUCUUUGUUUAAUAAAUUCAUAAAAAGGACUCUAUCAAAUUAUUUUUAUAAACUGUAAAUAUACAUGUAUAUCUCUAACUUCAUAUACAAGAUAUUGAAACAAACGUGUUUAAUAGGAAAGAUACAUAGCUAAAUAAGGGUACGCAACAUUCGUUUCAAACAUUUCUGCUUAUUAUUAUUGUUAUCGCUUAUACAAUCGAGUAAUCGAGUAAUUCGAUGAAAUCGAUUUUACAGCACGAUGUUUUCCAUUGUCUUACCAAAUAACGUCGUCUCUAACUAUCAGAUCAAAUAAAUCCGAAGCUUCUUUUUUAACAAUAUGUUUUUUCAUAUCGAAAUGAAAAGGGGGUAAAACAAUUGAAAUAAAUGUGGAUGCUUUAGGAAUACUUCAGAGCAGUCUUUCUUAUUAAGACCAUCUGGUCUUACGUUAAGUGUUUAAAUUGGUAUUUUUUUUCUUUCACGUAAUCUAUUAGAUUAGCUUUACAAUAACACCAACUUAUCAAAUGCAAGAUAACAGUUCCUUAAUGAUUACAGAGGAACGGCUUUCGGUCAAAGCCGGUCAAUUUUACCGUUUUAUUGGCGUGCGAUUAUUUUGAUGUGUAUUAAUAGAUUAAUAUAGCCUUUUAAUUGGCUAUAUGCCUUCUCGUUUCACCCCCAACGUGGUUCAUACAGAGCCCUCAAGUUUGGCGUGACGUAACCAGGGGUACAGAGAAUGUAACUUAGAGUACAUUAACAACAUGAUGCAUUUUAUAAUCAUACUUAUAGUUUACUUACAUAAUUGGCAUAAUAUGUCAACUAAUACCCUCUUUUUCAAAUAAAACCAGUUUGUAUCAAUUGGUAGAUAUUCUUUUGAAACAUAUUGAUGAUGAAAUAAAAAAUAAAUGAAAGCAAUAUGUAUUUGUAAAAUUAUAUCUGGAGAAAUCUAGCAUGAAUAUAUUUUUUUGGAAAUAAAUUACAACCGUUUAUAUUUCGAAUGUUACGACCUUAAUAGGCGAAAAUAACUCUGGAAAUAUAGAUAUAAUGACUUCAUAUGUCCUCACCAUGGACACAUUAUCAGUGUGUCUUAAUCUUUGUGUGUACAUGUAUAUACACAAGACUAGACCGACACCAAAUAAACCUGAUAAUGAUUAGAUAGGGUAUGUCUGGAUUAACCGAAUGUCAACGUGCAGAAAAGUCGUACUCUGACCUGUUACAAUUUGUAAUAAAUUGCCAUUUAGGAGAAAUUGUAUAGAAAUAAAGAUAUUUUACCACAUAUCUUAUUGUUUUUAAAGAUACAACCACAACAAAACCCCUUUCACUCUGACAUGUUUAGUUAAACAUAUUCCAUUGAUCAAUUGAAAGGAUCGGAGAAGAAUCUUUUACAACCGUCGUUUCAAGAAUACGACAUAAUAUAUACAUUUUUAAAAGGUAGAAUAAAUACAGUAUCUAUACAUAUAUUUUGCAACUGUACAUAAUGGAGGUGGAAGGUGGAGUACAUGUUGAAUGCAUCAAAAACACUGAAACUGUUCAUGAAUAUUGUAACAUUUCAGUAGUAUAUAUUGAAGGUUGCAAGGUUGAAAAAUCUGAUUGAAUUGAAUGUAUUAAUCCGAGAAAGCCUGAUACUUACAAUAGACUCUGUAAUACCGAAUCAACCGUAACAGACUGCAUACGCAGAAAAAGAUUGAAUAUCACUACAAAGGGACGUAGACCAUGGUGAAAGAACCAUCUCUACGAUUUUGAUGUUCUUAGUGAUGAAAAUGUCAUUUUUGAUUUAACGCUAAAAGGGAGCUUUUUGUUUCUGCUGUAGUAUCUGUAGUAUAUCGGAGUCUAUAGGAUAAAAUAAUAUAAAAAUGGAAAUUAUUAAGGUGUAGAAUUACUCGCCUUUUUGUAUUGAACUAAUCACCGAGAUAUACAUUAUUCGAGCUAUAUUCAAAUAAAAUAUGUACGGAAAUAUUUCCAACGGGUAAAUUUCCUUACCACGAACUGUAUAUACAAUGUAUAGUCAUAGCCCAAACAGUUCCACUAUUACAGGGUUAGUACUUGUGAAAUUAAUCAUCAAUAUAUUAUUAUUUAAAAUGACAGAUGUGUGUAAACAUGUUAAUACCCAAUAUGUUGUAAACAGUGUAGUGCAAAAAAGGAUACAAUAAAUAUACAUUAAUUAUAUCAAUGAUAAGAUAAAUUAUUGUUUGUAAUCGAUGUUUACUUUGAAUAAUAAAUAUGUGCAUGUGACAGCUUAAAUAUCGGUCAAGAUACCCGAAUUUCGUCAGAUUUAGAUUAGACAUCGAAAGUCAAAUGGGUACAGGUAAUUGAAAUCACUAAAUGUGUCAAUGUAUCUAGUAAGAUGAUAUAUUAGUUUACAAAGUCUUACGUCAAUGUACCAAGAACACUACCAACAUCGAGAAACUACCUACAUAAAACACUACCAAGAAGAAGACGAUACCCAAAACGGGACACUACCCUCAACGGGACACUACCAACCCGAAACGGGACAAUACCCUCAACCGGACACUACCAACCCUCAACAGGUCAAUACCCUCAACGGGACACUACCAACCCGAAACGGGUCAAUACCCUCGACGGGACACUACCAACCCGCAACAGGUCAAUACCCUCAACGGGACACUACCAAACCGAAACGGGACAAUACCCUCAACGGGACACUACCAACCCGAAACGGAACAAUACUCUCAACGGGACACUACCAACCCGAAACGGGACAAUACUCUCAACAGGACACUACCUACCCAAAACGGGGCACUCCCUACCAAACACGGAACACUGCCUACCCAAAACGGGGCACUACCCAAAACGGGGCACUACCUACCCAAAACGGGGCACUCCCUACCAAACAGGGGACACUACCUACCCAAAACGGGGCACUACCCAAAACGGGGCACUACCUACCCAAAACGGGACACCUGUGUGAAAGCUGUCCAAGAAAUUGACAAGCAAUCAAAAGACAUAUUUUUAUGCAUGCUACUUUAAUGUCUGUAAAGCAGUAUAUCUACUUUAUUGGCUGCUGGUUAUGGCUAAUUUCAAGGCUAGAAAUAAUUUCAAAAACAAAUCUUUCUUAAUUUUAGUGACAUUUAAGAUAUCAUUUUCGAAAACGUAUAUUUUUCAAAACUAAUACCGCUUUGGAAAAGAAAUGUUAUAAGAAAAAGUUACAAUAAAAUAGUUGAUAUAGCUCUGAUUGUCUGCUUAUCUUGAUAGCUUAUACCUCAGUACGAGCCAAAAUACCGAAGUAUCCAUAUCAGGGUACUGUUAUACAAGUUCAAGAGCUCAGGUCAUCCUUAUAGCAUUUCACGAUCUAUUUAUAGAACCACGUACAAAUAUCAUAUUGUAAAUAUUAAAAAUCACAAGUGGAUGAUAUAUACCUAUUAAGAAUUAAGAAACAUUAUUGGAAUUUGAAACUAUGGUAUAAAAAAAAUCAAUAUUUACCUGACAAAUGUUCCGUUUUUGGUUCCACCGACGUUAUGUCACUGUUCCAUCAACACAGGCAAUUUUGUGCCCAAAAACAAAACAUGACUAUAUAUCAUUAUUCGAAACCAUGUUAAACAAUCAAGUAUGAAUUUCAAUAUUCCGAUUUCAAGUUUAUUAAACGUUAGUAAUAUUUGUGAGAGAAACGAACGUUCAAUCCUGGUAACGAUAUGUAGGGACAUUAGCACAGGGUAUAUCAUAUACUACAUGUAACCACUGUAAAUACUAUAUGAAUGUUUGAUCAAAAUGUUAUGAUAAAAUGAAAAAGAUUCAAGUAGGUGUAAAUCAAUUUCAAAGUUAAAUUGAAUUCAUAUCAGAAGAAAAAGAUGAUAAGUUAGCGUUUUUCUUAUCCAUAAUUUCAUCGGAUGGGUCUUAACACGAGAUUGUGGGAAUUCGGACAUGGAAUCUUGUAUAAUCUCAAAAAAGAUCCGAAAGGAGAAGCAACAGUAAAACCUUACAUUUACUUAUCUCAAUAUGUGUGUGAUAUGUUUGUUAAUAAAGA